AUUUCUUCACUUUCUCCGUCUCAUUUCAAAUUCAAUUUUCAAAUUCAAGUCAAUCAUCAUAUAAAACGACGUCGCAAUGAAUCCAAGUCAGCCAUCUACCGACUACGCUCCGUAUCCUAAGAUUGAUCCAAACGACGUCGCUCCACCACCUCCGGUUACUUCCGCCGGUGUCAGCUGGACUUCCGUUCCGGUCGGUUCUCAGCCGCAAACAACGGCGCCACCGCCGCCGCGGGCUACCGCUACGGGACAGCCGAUGUAUACAAGUGGAGGUGCAACUACUAUGCCUACUGAAUCUAAUCCUUAUGUCUCACCUGCUCCUGUUCCUACUUCUUCUACCAAAAAAACUAUUGAAUCGGUAAAGGAUGUGCUUGGAAAGUGGGGAAAGGCAGCUGCUGAUGCAACAAAGAAGGGACAGGAUUACGCCGGAGAAGUGUGGCAACAUUUGAAAACUGGACCAAGCAUCACUGAUGCUGCUGUUGGGAGAAUUGCUCAGGGGACCAAAGCUCUUACAGAAGGUGGUUAUGAGAAAAUAUUUGCUUCAACAUUUGAGACGGUUCCAGACGAGAAACUCUUGAAAUAUUAUCCCUGCUACCUUUCCACUUCUGCUGGUCCCGUCAUGGGAAUCCUCUACAUGUCAACAGCAAAACUUGCGUUUUCUAGUGACAACCCGCUUUCAUACAAAGUUGGUGAUGAGACACAAUGGAGUUAUUACAAGGUGGUAAUCCCGUUACAUCAACUCAAAGCUGUCAAUCCUUCAAAAAGCAAAGCCAAUCCUGCCGAAAAAUACAUCCAGAUCAUAUCGGUCGAUAAUCAUGAAUUCUGGUUCAUGGGUUUUGUUAAUUAUGAUAGUGCUGUAAAAUACCUUCAAGGCGCUCUACAAUCCAAUCAUUCAGUGUAAGUGUGUAACUUCAUAUCACAAGUAUGUUCAUUUGAUUAGAGAUGUGCUAUAUGAUGCUUUAUGCUUGCCUCUUGCCCUUUUGUAUUGUGUUGGAAAGUCGUGCUCAUGUAAAGGUUCGUUUGGAGCAACCAUUGGUGUUCCAAAGGUUGUAAACUAUAGUUCAUGCACCAAAUCAGUUAGUCCAUUGUCUGGUCUCGCAGAUUGUUUGUGUUUUAAGACAAAUUAGUUCAUGGAACUUCAUACAUACAAUCCCUGUUUAUGCUA